AUGUCCAGACCAGGAAUAAAAUCGGCUAAAUCAGCUAAGUCAGCCAAGUCAGCUAAAUCAGCUAAAUCAGCUAAAGCACCACUCAAAGAUAAAGUUCACAAGGCGCCCAAAAAAAAAUACUCCAGUUUGAUAGAGAAGAAAGCCAAGGGUAUCAAACUAACUCCUCAUGAGAAGAAGAGAGUAGUCAAGCAAGAAGAUAAAAUAGCAAAAAAUGAUCAGUUGAAAAAAUUAGUUAAAGUGCAUCUUGACAAAUUCGAAUCUCAAUGGAAUAAUAACGAUGAUGAUACAAGAGACUCAUUAUGCUCUGAAUCAUCAUUCGGAAGUCAGUUACCUAACAGAGAACCGAAGAAAAGAGUAUCAUUUGCCUCUAACAUUGAGAGAACUAAAGUUUUCGAUAAGAAUGUGAAGGAUCUGGACAUCAAACCUUCCGAAGCAGAGCCUGGCCGUGGUAUUUUGAGAUCUAAAAAAGAAAAAGCUGCUAAGAUCAAAAAAGUUAUAACUGCGAAGGCAUCUGAUGUUAAGGACACGAAGCCUACCAUUUCUGAACAAGUUACAGAUUCUGAUACGAAAUUGAUAGAUGUUCCCAAGAAGAAAAAGGUUAUUCAAGUUACGAAAAAAGUGAAAGAACAACUUCUCCAAAUGGACCGUAAGGAACGUAAAGCCUUCCUGCGAGAAAUCAAGGCUCAAAAGAACCCAUUUGCGGAAAAAGGUCUGGAAGCAAAACUUUUGUGGGAGAAAAUUAGAAGUCGUAAGACUCCGACAGUAGAGAAAGAUGAUUGCAUUACAAAACUUGUCGGACUUGUGAAGGGAAAUGCUGCUAGGUUUAUUUAUGCUCAUGACUUGUCUCGUGUCAUCGAAUGUCUAGUUGCUUUGAAAAGGCCCGGUGUGACGAACAUGUUGUUCGAGGAGUUAACACCAGAGUUGGUGAGAAUGACGAAGAGUAAGUACGCAAAAUUUUUCGUGGUCAGAAUGCUGAAAUACGGAAGUUCACAACAAAAAAGAAUUAUCAUUGAUGCAUUCCGAGGUCAUGCUGUUUCUUUGAUGAGAAUUGUUCAUGCUGCUGAGGUACUUGAAAUAGUUUACAACGAGCAUGCUACCCUACAACAGCGAUUCGACAUUGUAUCCGAGUUUUAUGGAAAAGAAUUUGUUGUUUUCAGAUCUGAUAAACCAAGAACGCUGUCAGAAAUUGUCCAAGAAGAACCUGCUAAGAAAAAGCUCAUUCUACAGUACAUGGAGGAACUCUUGCAAGUUUGGGUAGAAAAGACCACUCUCCGUCUUUCGUUAACUCAUCGCUUGUUGCUAGAUUUCUUACAACACUGUGAUAAGGAUCAAAUGUUGAAUAUGAUUGAAUCGCUAAAAGAUAAGAUUCCUGAAAUUGUUCACACUCCUGAAGGAAGUUAUGUCUCUAUGAAAGUGAUUUGGAACUGCAGUUCCAAGGACAGAAAGCUCAUUGUUAAAAACUUCAAAGGUUUAUCAGUCAAAGCAGCUUUUGAAAGAUAUGGUCACAGAGUUCUUCAAGCUAUUUUCGAUUGUGUUGACGACACUGUUCUAGUCAACAAGUAUAUUGUAUCGGAGCUAGGUAAUGAAAUUGCCAAGGUGCUUGACGACAAGUGGGGUGAGCUUCUCAUUUCAUACAUGGUUUACCCACGUAACACAAGAAGUAUGGAUAGGAAGGAAGUUGAAAGACUUCAAGAGGGUGACUCCAAUCCUCACAGUAAGAAGGAGAAGAAAGAUCGUUAUGCUGAAAUUUUUGAUGGCAUCCAAGAAUCUCUCUUUACCUAUGUCGCUGCUAACAUGGAGAAGUUGAUUUAUGAAGAUCAAAAAAGAUUUUUCCUAGUUACUUUAUUCCAAACGGCAUGUCAAUAUGAUUUAUAUGAGAAGCGUAUUAAGCCUGAGUUCAGAGCAAACUGCUAUAGAGCCGUUCUAGAGCUUUGCAAACAGGAGUUCAUUCCCAUGGACAAUGAACGUUUCCAUGUGAUUGAACACCAAGCCGGUCAUUUCUUGUUGACUUCAUUAUUGAGAUUUGACAGAGAUCUGCCUGUAGAGGAGAGAUUUUCCACUAUGCUUAUGAAUGAUAGAGAAGUCAACUUGGGAGCCUGGAUUUCCUGCAAUAGAGGCUGUUACGUUCUGAAUCGUCUGGCUACAUCAGGAACUCCUGGUGUGAAGGAGAAACUUUUGCAAAUUUUAAAUGUGAAGAAGCUGAAAGAAUAUACAUGUCCAGGAGCUGUAGUUUUGAGAGGUGCUUUGGGUCUGUAG